GCGUCACCAGGGAAGUCCCUGUAAUAGUCUUUAAGUGGAUUUUGGAUAGCUUUAGAUGACUGUAUCAGUCAGGUGGAAGGUAGCAGAAUGAGGAUUAUCAGAGGAGGGGUUUGACCACUGUCUCUUGCUCAUUCUUCAUCCAUUUAAAUUUUUACACACACUUCCAUGCUGUGCUUUGCUCGCCUAAACUGUAGCACUGGGCAGAAAGAGGUCUGUUGAAACAGGUGUUGCCCCUCACGUCUUAUAGGAGGGACACGUAUCAUCUAGCAAUUUGAUACGAAUGAGAAAAAUCUCCCCAGCCACUGUGUACCGAGAAAUGAGUCCGUACAUUCAGGUGGUUGUAAAUAAAUUUGCCUAAUGUUUACCCCCAAGAGGCAAGAACUGAAAAAUGACAGCCCAGAGGAGGGGUGGAAAUCUCUCUUCUGAAGUAAUAGAUUCUACCUAGCACCCGUGAUGUAGGUCUGGUAAGCCACUGAGUUUUUGAGGUGAAAGCAAAAUUCUUUCCUGUGAGCCAAACGUGGGGUACCAUGCCAGUUCUAUUCUGGAAUAUCUAUGUGUGGCCCUGAGACUGGCCUAUGUGUGACUUGCAGAGUUAAUGAUUAUCCCAGCAGUUGUCUAAACUGCUUGGUUCCACUGGGCUGCUGCAAGCAGUUAGAGCAGUCUCCAGAGAGCAGCAUGUUCCCCUUGCUCUUUGGUGCUGGACUGGUGGUUCUGAACCUAGUGAGCUCUGCAAGGAGCCAGAAGACAGAACCUCUUAGUGGCUCUGGGGACCAGCCCCUCUUCCGUGGUGCGGAUCGAUACUACUUUGCCAUCGUGAUCCCUCCAGGAGGCACAGAAUGCUUUUGGCAAUUUGCCCACCAGACUGGAUACUUCUAUUUCAGUUAUGAGGUUCAGCGGACACUGGGAAUGUCACAUGACCGGCAUGUUGCUGCCACUGCACAUACCCCACAGGGUUUCCUUAUAGACACCACUAAGAAUGUUCGGGGCCAGAUUAACUUCUCCACCCAAGAGACAGGUUUUUAUCAGCUUUGUCUAAAAAAUCAGCAAAAUCACUUUGGUUCUGUGCAAGUAUACCUCAAUUUUGGAGUCUUCUAUGAGGGGCCUGAGAUGGACCACAAAGAGAAGAAUGAAAGAAAACAACUGAAUGAUACUUUGGAUGCAAUUGAGAAGAGUACACGAAAGCUGCAGAACAAUAUCUUUCACAUGUGGCGAUACUACAACUUUGCUCGCAUGAGAAAAAUGGCUGACUUUUUCCUACUCCAGUCAAACUAUAACUAUGUGAAUUGGUGGUCGACAGCCCAGAGCCUUGUUAUUAUUCUUUCUGGGAUCCUGCAGCUGUAUUUCUUGAAGCGUCUCUUCAACAUCCCAACGACCACAGACACAAAGAAGCCAAGAUGCUAAGCUCGAACAACUACAGUGCCCUGGCUCUUUUCUUCUGGGGCACAAGCUCUCUCAAAUCUUUGUAAAGUUAUUGGGAAAAAAUAAAUUUUUCUUGUUAGAAAGUUGUAGACUAUUGCUCUCAUCUACACAGGCAAAAUAGCAAUAAAUAAAAGUGUGUAAAGUUUUGACGUUGACUAUUUCUAAAGUACACACUAAAUGCUACCAUCAAAAUACUGUCCAUCGUACUGCAGCCCCUUAACCUUCACUAUGUUUAUUUAGAAAUUAACAGAGAACCUUGGAAGGGAGAAAAGUUGAAAAACAUGGGACAAAAACAUAUAAAACUGGGUUUUAUAUGUUGCAUACAAAAACAGGAGUUGGUAGAGUGCUUUUUUGUAAUUGAAAAAUGAUUUAUUUUUAGAGAUGUCACCUUUGGAAUUUAAAUUAAGCAGUAUAUGCACUAAAGAAAUUGCUUUACAAUACAGGUACUUAAAAAUUUUUUGUCUGUGACAUGUUUUUCACUAAAAAAUAUUUUAGUAAUUCUAAAAAUAAUUUUGGAAGGCAUGGGAGAAGGAUGGAGGAGCUAAAUUAUCAUUUCAGGGUUUCUGAGUAGUGCUUUUUGUCCAGUCCAGUCAUGUAAUUAAAGAUUUGUAAGAAUAUAUGUAUAAAUGAAUCACUUUGCUGUACACCUGAAACUAACUCAAUAUUGUACGUCAACUAUACUACAAUAAAAAAAAUUUUUUAAUUAAAAAAAA